GAUAUUUGCGUGGAUGGAGUGGCCAAUGACGGCAGCAACCGUGGCAGCAAAGUGCUGAUGACCAAAUUUACCACCCUUUGCGACGCUGAUCCUCGCGUGGCGAAAUCUCCCAUGAUGAUCUGUUCGUCGGACUGGAAGGUGGUGAAGGAAG